AGAUUUUCGCCUGAGAGGAAGUUCUCGGCUUGUAGGCUGAACGUGACAGUUAGCUUGACUGGCUAGGUGCCGAUGGAAUAAUAGUUACACACAUUAAACCUUUGGUGUAAUCCAUGUCACUGACUCUCUCCUGAAUAGUCUUGGUGUUUAGAUCGUUUCCACGUGUUUGCUUUGAACUUCCGAUUAUUUCUAGACGUAAUUUGCAUUACGGAAUGUAAUUAGCGAUCAUUAGCAGCACGAGUCGACUGUUAGCUAUAGCAGCUAACAGUAGAGACUUAAUCAGUGUUUUUCACGUUAAAGCUCUUAAAAUGUAAUAGUUUAGAGCUACACGACUCCGAAUUGAUCAGACUGUGUGAGGACAGACUUCAUCCUCCGUGGACUCCUCCUCUGACCUUGUUGUCCAGCUGAGGACCGAGAGACUGGGGACACUUUCAGAGAGGACACAGAGCUGCUGACCAAGAGCAUGUGAAGGUUGCAAACCAGGACUGUGGAAAGAAGACUACCAGGUAUACAGAGGAUGUCUGAGAUGAUGAAGUUUGAAGCAGAAGUCCCUGGAGGACUCAGCUUUGAGCCUCCCGUAUCUGCAGCAUCCUCAUCAGAACUGAAGCAGGAAGAAGACAACAAAGAUCUCAUGUUCCCAGUCCAUCAAAAUUUGGUGCCUAAAGAUGAGAUUCCCUAUGACUGGAGCUCCAGUUUGGACCGGCUGGACCCAGAGCCCCCACACAUAAAAGAGGAAGAGGAAGAACAGCGGAUCAGUCAGAAGGAAGAGCAGCUUACAGUGAAAAUUGAAGAUGAGGAGAAACCUCAGUUAACAGAGCUUCAACAAAUCAAAACUGAAAACCACAUAGAGACAGAAGCUCCAAGCAGCAGCUCAACUGAGCAGAAGGAAACGGAACCUGACAGGAACACAAAUGGGGAGUGUUCUUCACCGCAAACUAAUAUGGCUGUGUACAGAAGAAGUAAAAGAUCUAAACUGUCUUCCAAAGAUACGGCUCAGGUAGGGCUACAUGCAGAGAAGAGGUUCAGUUGCAAUGUUUGCGACAAAAGAUUCAAAUAUAAAACUUCAAUUAAAUUGCACAUGAUGACCCACACUGGAAGGAGAGAACAUAGCUGUGGCCAUUGUGGGAAAGCGUUUAAAGACAUGAGCUCCCUGCAGACGCACAUGCGACUUCACACUGGAGAGAGACCCUUUUCUUGUGGUGAUUGUGGUAGAAGGUUUCAUAGAAAGACCAUUCUUGAGGGUCACUUAAAGGUCCAUUCAGUAGAAAAGGCUUUUUCAUGUGAUGUUUGUGGUACAAGAUUUAAAAGAAAGGCGACUCUGAAAAAGCACCUGAGGACCCACACCUCAGAGAGACCGUUUGUUUGUAAUGUUUGUAGUAAAGGAUUUUCACUACAAAAUAGUCUAAAUACUCACAUGUAUGUACACACGGGCGAGAAAAUGUGUAUCUGUAGUGUUUGUAGUAAAGGAUUUUCUCAAUACGAGUCUCUGAAGAGGCACAUGCGCGUUCACACAGGGGAAAAACUAUACAUUUGUAAUAUUUGUGGUAAAGGAUUUUCUCUAAAACAUCACCUGAAGAACCACAUGGAGGUACACACUGCACCAUUUAGCUGCAGUCAGUGUGAUAAACAUUUUGUGAAGGAAAUCCAGUUGGAGCGACAUGUGAAGGUCCACUCAGAAGAGAGACCGUUUGGCUGUGACAUCUGUAAAAGCAGAUUUUAUCAAAAGUGUCAACUUGAAAAUCACAUGAGAGUCCAUUCAGGAGAGAAACCGUUUGUUUGUGACGUUUGCAGCAAAGCAUUUUCAUUAAUUGGAAAUCUAAGGAGACAUAUGGCCAUUCACGAGGCCCCACCUGUUUAAUUGUUUUGAGAGUCAACCAAUGUAACAAUAUUUGAUCAGUUUAUCAAUGAUUAUUAUUUUCCAUCUCUACUUUCUGUGUGAGCAUGUUCUGUUCUCUAUUGGUAAAUCCUUUACAUAACUCAGUAAACUUCUGAAUAUCACCCUGAUGCUUCUACAUAACAAAAAUUCACACUUGUGAAACAUUAAUUUGAGAAUUUUUUUUUUAUGUUUUUGCCUUGCUAGCUGGUAGUAAAAUCAUACUAAAGACAAGUCAAAACUCAACAUUAUUAUUUUUUACUAAAAACUGAAAAAUAGCAUGUCACACUGUAGGUUUUGACAUGGGCUUUCACCAGUGACGUCUUUUCCUUUGAAAUGCCUCUUGUCUAAUUUUCCUACAAAAAAGCAUUGUGUUUUAGUUGAGUUUAUUCAGUCUUCUACAUUUAUUGCUUACCACAAAAUAGAAUGUAAACAGAGAUUUGUCCUUUAAAGUACUAGUAAGCCAUUACAUGUAUUAAUACUACCUCCACUGUGAUGAAAAGAAUAAAACUAAGUCCUUGUUAUUAAUGAAUUUACAAAUAAAAUUCCUUUCCCGUCA